AUGCUGAGCAAUGACUUGACCGCCAAGCACACCAUCGGUCGUGCGGCUGCAGACUUCCAGCGGUACCUAGCCACCGUCUGCAGUCGCUGGCCGAAGGUGUGUGUGCUGGACUUUCCUCCGAGGUUGACCGUUGAGGACUCCCUGCAAGAGCUCUACCGCCAGGAGUUCCACCGGGUGGCAGCCCGCAUGGCUGUGAAGUACUUCCACAUCGCGGACCACUUCCCCCGGCAGUGUCUCAACCUGUGGAGUCGCGAUGGUGUCCACCUGAGUGAUGACGUCGGAAUGGAGAUCUUCGCCCAACUGCUGUGGACGGUUGCUUACACGCAACUGGAGACCGUGCCGCCAGCCCCGCCGGUGUGUCGUCCAUCCCCACCUUCUCGCUUCACUCCCCGUGUGGUUGUGAAGGGAGAGGUGAGGGUGCGUCGCAGCCCUGGGCCCGAGGAGUGGACUGUCGUUGGUCCGAGCGGCAAGUCCUCUGGAGGAUGCAGUGCAGUUCAGCGGGAGCCGGCUGGCAUCCCCCUGAAUCCUGUGCUGUUCAGCAGUGAGAUGUUGGAGGAGAUGGAGAAGGUUUCUCCAUCAAAUCUGACAUCUCCUGCUGACUUCGCUGGUGUUUCACCGCCAAAGACGCUGCGUGUGAAACACCACUCCAAGAGGACUCGAAGGGUAAGUAGAUUUUGGAAAUAAAUCUUUGUAUUUAUUAUUUUUCCUGUGUUUGUGAAGUGAAAUAAACUUUGUUUUCGUUUCUUUUCUAUUUGAGACUGCAUCCAGCCGAGGGAUUUCUUCUGACUCCAAGGCCGCUCUGGAGUCGAAGAAGGUCGGGGCAACGUCCAGGCAUCCGGUCCCUUCUGGCCGCACUGACGAGAGGACGGUUGAGACAACACAGAGCCCGGGUGUGUUGUCUUCUACUGAUGAAGAUGAGGCAACUACUGCGAAGGUAAGUGAGGUGAGUAUGGGUAAUGUUGAUGUUGUUAGGGGUUCAGUUCACCAGGGGCACAGUCGGUUUAGGAAUCCGGGAGUUCAGUGUAUGGCGAUAGGGUUGGUUAGUUUGGCCAGACAUAUGGUGUCUAGUGUGUUGAAUUGGAAGACAGAAGAUUUAGAUUUAGCUCUGUGGUUAGGAGAUCAGCUCUAUACACAUCUGAAGGACCAUGGUCUAAUUCCUCCAGGAGAAGACUUUUUGAUGAUCCCAGAGUUGCCGAAAGAGCACGUUUUAUACUGGCAGAACUUUAAGUUUGCGUUCCCCGAGACUGUCAGUGGUGAUGUCACUGUGACUGAAGGAGAGUUCAUUGAGUGUGGAGCAUUUGUGACUCUAGAACAUGGGCUGGAAAGGAUGUUAUCUCAGUACCAGACAUGUCUUUUGACCUUGUGUUCAAAUACAUGUGCUGUAAUUUCUGCUAGUGGUAGGUUUGCUGUAGUUGAUUCUCAUUCACGCAGUGCUACUGGCAUGGUG